CAAAAAGCUCCCCAGUCCAUCCAGUAUAUAAAGCUUCUUUGAUCUUCUCCAUUCUCAUCAAGCGAUCAAGCAAAACAGCAACAGAGCACAAAAACAGAAGCUCUAAUUUACCACUCAAUUCUUCGUCUUUCUUAGUUUCUUAUUCCCUCAAAUACAUUAUUAGCUAGCUAGUUUACUCUUUCUCUUUAAUCAUCAAAUGGAGAAAAGCGAGUCAGCUAAGAUUGAUAUCCCAGAAUCAAGCAGGGAAAGGAAAGGAAAAGCACCACUUCUGGGAUCACCAGUACAAUAUGCAAGGAAAGGUGGAUACAAAAGGGGAGUUGCCAUUUUCGACCUUAUCCUCCGUGUUAGUGCUGCAGCUGCCGCUUUAGGUGCCACCGUCGGAAUGGGAACCGCCGAGCAAACUCUCCCGUUCUUCACUCAGUUCUUCCAGUUCCAAGCCAGUUAUGAUGAUCUCCCAACUUUCUCGUUCUUUGUGAUUGGAAUGGCUAUUGUUUGUGCUUAUCUUGUCCUAAGUAUACCCUUUUCUGUAGUUUGCAUAGCUCGCCCUCUGGCCAUCGCACCAAGGCUUCUCUUAAUCAUUCUUGAUACCGUGGCUUUGACUCUGGCUACCUCCGCGGCCGGAGCAUCGGCGGCCAUCGUGUACUUGGCUCACAAUGGAAAUUCCGGCGCAAAUUGGCUUGCGAUUUGCCAGCAGUUUGGCGAUUUCUGCCAAAAGACUAGCGGAUCUGUGGUGGCGAGUUUCGCCGCCGUGGUUCUCUUAAUAUUCCUGGUGUUGCUCUCUGCUUUGGCUCUCAGAAAGCAUUGAGGCCAAAAGGGGAGGGAUAUAUGAUUUGUGUGAUUUUUUUGUAUUGUAAUUUUUCAUCAAAACACCAAAAUGUCCAGUGUGUGCUUUUAAUUUCUUGAUGAUGAUUAAUUCUUAUGACUUUCUGCUUUAGAGAAAGUGCAAAAAUUCCUUUGUAUUCACUGAUUAAUUUAUGGCAAAU